AUGGGUUGCUGGGGUGCUAGAUCAAUGUGUGGGACAGCUUUUGCUGUGUUGCAGUGUGAAGAACUCAGACUAUGCGAGUUCUUUGUAGAGAAACAAUAUCCCAUACCGGUGUUUGGUGGAUUCGUCCAAUUUGAAACCAAAUAUGUAACAGAUGAAGCGAGUAUGCAAGAGUUGUUUUCAAUUUAUAUUGAAAGUCGUGUCCGAAUCUCGUUCAUCGAGUUGUACAUUGAAUUCGAACAAUCUGAGGUCGACCGGAAUAUUAUACGAGAAGAGUACAAUAGUGACAGUAAAGAAGAGUUCGAAAGCAAUUACGAAAUUGUUGGUUCAGACAUAGAUGAAGAUCAAGGUGACGGCACUGUGGCUCCAAAUGUGACAGACGUGGCAAAUGCACUUGCGAACGAAGUUUCGUUUGAGGAGCCAUCUUUCAUGCGAGUGUUGGAUUUGGAAGCCAUGCAUGUUCCAGAGUUUCCAAAAUAUAUAAGUGCAGAAAUUCCUAUUGUCGCAGAUAGUGAAUUUGCUGUCGGCAUGGAAUUCAGUUCCAGGGAAGCUGUUAUUAAGGCGAUGAAAGAGGUUAGUAUGAUCAGCAGGAAGUAUUGUUGGGUUAUAAGGAGGUAUAAUGGUAGUCACACCUGUACCAGAGCUACCAUUUCUCAGGAUCAUUCGAAGUUGGAUUCGAACACAAUUGCAGAAGCAAUAAAGCCGUUGGUUGAGGCUGACCCCUCAUUAAAGGUAAAAUCAGUUAGUGCAGAAGUGCAAUCGAAGUUAAACUACACCGUCAGUUAUCGAAAAGCAUGGUUGGCUAAGCAAAAGGCAGUAGAAAAAAUAUUUGGAGGUUGGGAAGCAUCGUACGAAGCGUUGCCUAUAUGGUUUGAGACCAUGUGUCAUAAGGAGCCAUCAGCUGUCGUCCAUUUUGAGACUAUGCCUGCAUAUCAAGGCAAUGACUUGGUCAGUGAUAUUCGGGUAUUGCAUCGAGUCUUUUGGAGUUAUUACCCCUGUAUUAGAGCAUUCAGACAUUGUAAGCCAGUUGUGCAGGUGGAAGAGACUCACUCGUACGAAAAGUAUAAGGAUUAUCUGUUAGUGGCAGUUUCACAGAAUGACAACAACAAUAUCGUCCCAAUUGCAUUUGCUAUUGUGGAGGAAGAGACUUCUGAUGCGUGGCACUUUUUUCUUAGUAACCUGCGACAUGUUGUGACUCGGGAUGGUGUGGGACUGAUAUCCAACCGGCAUGAAUCCAUCAAUGCAGUUGUGGCUCGCAGUAACGGAACUUGGUCGUCUCCUAAAGCUUUCCACAUAUUUUGCAUUAGGCAUAUUGAGUCGAACUUCCUGAGAAAAUUCAAGGCAUUGUACCUGCAAAAGCUUGUCGUCAAUAUAGGAUUUUCGAAGACGGUGCGUGAGUACGAAGUGCGUUACCAGCAUUUACGAGAACGGGGUGAGGCUUACACUAACUGGUUAAACCGAAUUUCUCGCGAACAAUAUGCAUUGGCAUUUGAUGGUGGUUACCGAUGGGGUCACAUGACGACAAACCUAGUCGAAUGCAUCAACUCCGUGCUGAACGGUGCACGCAACCUCCCAAUCACUACACUUGUCAAAGCAACAUUCUACAGGCUUAACGAACUGUUCACCCGAAAAAAAGCCGAGGCAAAGGCUCGGAUUAAUGCUGGCCAUGUAUUUUCGGAGCUUGUGACCUCGAAAUUGCAUGCAAACCAACUUGCGUAA